AUGGCCUCGCUCUCGAAUCGGAUACGCACAGCACUGACGACACGGCCGAGGCAUGCAUCAACAGCCCAACUCGUGAUCCCCGUGCAUCGGUCACAACAGCGACUUUUCUCCUCGAGUCGACCUUGCUCGUCCUCGACCCCUCUCAGUUACCCCUUUGCAUCAGCUGUUCAAGUCUUACCGCCAUCACCACCCCCAACGCACCCCAAGACAUCCCUCUUGCGCACGUUGAACCUACACCUCACGUCGCAACACCCCUUGGCGACCGAAUACACCGCGCUCUUCUCCCGGCGCCAUCCAACCCGGGUCCAGUCCGGUUCCGUCCUGACCGUCAUCUCCUACACCGCCUUACCCACCACCGCGAACCCGCAGCCCUCAACAACGACCUUCAGUGGUGUGUUGAUGGCGAUGAGGCGACGACACGCAGGGAGGGAUACGUCGAUCCGGUUGCGCAACUUGGUCGGCCGUACCGGCGUCGAACAGAGCUUCAAGGUGUUUUCCCCCAUGAUCAAGGAGAUCAAGAUCGUACAACGUGCGACCAAGAGUGUCGCGGCGACGGGAUCGGGCAAAAAGAGUGGCGAUAGGAGGAAGCCUGUACUGAGGGCGAGCAGGAGGGCCAAGAUGUACUUUGUCAGGGAACAACCCGAUCGGUGCGUGUUACCCACGAGUUCAGCGCUGGCCAAGGAUGCUAUGGUAGAGCUGACGCCUGAAAACUUUCUGCCACGUUUUUUGUUUGUUUUGUUGUUAACAGACUGGUCGGGGUCAGUGGCAUCGUCAAGCAGGCGAGGGAGCGGGAGGCGGCUUUGGAGAAGAGGAAGAGGUAG